AUUAUAGUGGGGUAUUUUUCACUAAUUAGUUUUCCAUUUAUCUUGUAAAUGUCGUCGAUUAGUCAUUAUUUUGUCUAGCCACGUACCCCCACCAUCUAUUUUCAGCCCAAGGCACUUACGGCAUCGGUGUCACUCGGCGUACAAAAAUUAACAGUAAAAAUCGGCUUUUGUGGGUGAAUUUUUGGUUUUUAAUCAAAAUAGAGCGACGGAAAAGACGAUUUAGCGCACGUAUAAUGUGUAAUAUGAAGAGGAAACUGGAAAAGUUAAACGGAAAAGUGCAUUUUGCGGCGAAUUAACCAGCUGAUGGCGGGUGGUCUUGCCAAGCCAGCUAGUGAUCCUGAGUGUGUUCGGGCUGCCAGGAAGGUGUGAAACAUUAUCAUUUCAAGGAAUAUAGUUUUUGGUUGAGUGUCUGUUUUCUGACUGUUUUCGGCCGGGCAGUUCGAAAAAAACUUCAAUAAUCUUGUUGACUUGGGCGUGCAACGGAACACACCUCGCUUGUCAUUGAUAUCUCAGGACCAUUCAUAAAUUCAUCUCGGACUAGAAAUUACAAAUGAUCCGCUUGAAAAAUCGCGUAAUUUAAUGACCUGUUUAUUGGUGUGGAGAUGCCGUUUACAACCCCUGUGUAAUUGGUGUAUUAUCCGUUUCUCUGGCCACGCCAGCCCCAAAUAGAAUGUCUACUACCCCAGCGUUUGUCGACCGGAUCGAUCCCUUUGCCAAAAGGUCGUUGAAAAAGAAAAGCAAGAAAUCCCAAGGCAGCUCCAGAUAUCGAAGCUCCCAAGAUGUGGAUUUGCAGCCUUUGCCCUUCUUAAAAGAUGUCCCAGCUAGUGAACAAGAAGAAUUAUUUAUUCGAAAGUUGCGGCAGUGCUGUGUACCUUUCGAUUUUAUGGACCCGGUGGUCGACCUCAAAGGCAAGGAGGUGAAAAGGUGUUCCCUCAAUGAGCUGGUCGACUACAUAACCGCAGGACGGGGUGUGCUUACCGAACCGGUUUAUCCAGAAAUCAUAAAAAUGAUUUCUGCUAACCUGUUUAGAACUCUACCGCCCAGUGAGAAUCCUGAUUUUGACCCAGAGGAGGAUGAUCCAACAUUAGAAGCAAGUUGGCCGCAUCUUCAACUAGUUUAUGAAUUUUUCUUACGAUUCCUGGAGAGUUCAGAUUUUCAACCCACUAUAGGCAAACGCGUUAUCGAUCAAAAGUUCGUAUUGCAACUGCUGGAACUAUUCGAUUCGGAAGAUCCCCGGGAACGUGACUUCCUGAAGACGGUCCUGCAUCGUAUCUAUGGAAAGUUCUUGGGUUUACGUGCGUUUAUACGAAAGCAGAUUAACAACAUUUUUCUUAGAUUCGUAUAUGAGACUGAACAUUUCAAUGGAGUCGGUGAACUCCUAGAAAUUCUGGGAUCUAUUAUUAAUGGUUUUGCGUUACCGCUUAAGCAAGAACACAAACAGUUCCUGGUCAAGGUGCUCAUCCCCCUCCACAAGGUUAAGUGCCUGUCUUUGUAUCACGCGCAACUAGCCUAUUGCGUUGUGCAGUUUUUGGAAAAAGACCCCACUUUAACAGAGCCCGUUGUGCGGGGUCUGCUUAAGUACUGGCCCAAAACUUGCAGUCAGAAGGAGGUGAUGUUUUUGGGCGAGAUUGAGGAAGUCUUAGAUGUAAUCGAACCAUCUCAAUUUACGCGUAUUCAAGAACCUUUAUUUAGACAAAUUGCUAAGUGCGUCUCGAGUCCCCAUUUUCAGGUGGCAGAGCGGGCUCUAUAUUUCUGGAAUAAUGAAUAUAUCAUGUCCUUAAUGGAAGAAAAUAAUCACGUGGUUAUGCCGAUAAUGUUUCCGGCCCUGUAUCGGAUCUCAAAAGAGCACUGGAAUCAGACAAUUGUGGCGUUGGUCUACAAUGUGCUGAAAACAUUUAUGGAUAUGAAUUCCAAGCUCUUUGAUGAACUUACGGUUAGCUAUAAAGCGGAAAGACAAAAAGAAAAAAAGCGGGAAAAAGACAGAGAAGAGUUAUGGAAACGUCUGGCUGAGUUAGAGUUGAAUCACAAGAGUGUGCCCAAUUCCACGGGUUUGAGUAGUUCAAUUGCCCAAUCGACUCCAGGUAGUGGAGCGACUGCUACCCAGAACAACAACCCACCUGGCAGUGGCAAGAAGUGAUACGUUGCAAGAGUAACGCGGGUCUAGACUAGAACGCUGAUGUGGCGUAGCCAGGAAUCGGCCCGAAUAAAUGGAACUUAUAAACUACUAAAAAUCACCGACCUUAGAAAAACUCAUCGUGGCUGCAAUCACUGUACAUUUUAACAUUUUAGUGAAUGUGCUGUCUUCUACUUAAAAGUAGCUGUAAAUGGACAAAUGUGCUUUAGGAAUCAAAUACUUCUUUGGAAACUGUAUAUAAGCUACGAGAAGGAUUAAUUUAAACAGUUAGAAAUAGAGCGACAUGUUUAAGAUCUCAAGCUAAGAAGUUUUCGCUGAUAUGUAUGAAACCGUCCUUCAGUAAACAGCCACAAUUGAUCAAUAGAAUAGCAUAAUUACAUCGUCACAUGUAUAUUUAUUAUUAACAUCAUUUACGAAAUUAAGCUUUAAGCUAGAACAUAAUUUAGUUACAAUUCUAGGUUUCACAUAUUGUUCUCAUUAAUCGGAACCGGGUGUUGCUGGAUGCCAUACCUGUUGUUAAAGAAAGCAAAAGCUCUAUCAUUAUUUCAUUUCAAUCGACAUUAUUUUUUUAUUCAGAUUCGUAUAGACAUAUUGAAUGGGCUCUUAAACAUGUCAACAUCCAAAUUGGUAUGUGCGACGGCAUCUUACCUAUUAGAAUUACGAGGUAAUGAGAAUUUUUUGUUAUAGAGAAAACGUUUUCUAUCAAGAACUGUUUUUCUUUGUAUUCAAUAUGUCUGUGUAAAAAUUGCCUACGAAGGAAAACUUACUCUGCAUUGAGACUGUAAGACUUGCAGUAAAGUUUAAUUCUUCAAAAAGUUAUCGUUGUACUUUGGCUUUGUAUCAUUGUAACAUAAUACGCAAAAACCAAAUGCAGAAUUUUCAUUUCAUUUAAAGGGGCAACUCGAUAGAGGAAGCAAUAUGUUUCAUUAACUAAUUCAAAUUAUAUAUACGUAAAACAUAUAAUCGUGUUAACUAAAUUUGGCAGAAUUACCUAUUUGUGUGUUUAAUUUGACUUGAUAAGACAUUUCUUUGUCAAGGCACUGUUAAAAGUAGAGCUUUAAAUACGAUUGAAUGAAAAAACUGUUGUUUAACGUUGAAAGUUAGUUAUUUUGUUACAAACCUGUUAGUAGUUAAUGAUCUAUAUUUCUCAUUAAUCGAUUAGGGAUGUAUAGCCGAAAAGGGAUUAUUAAAUAACCGUUGUUUGUAUGUUAUAAAAUUCAUGGAUUUUUAAUCGAAGAAUAUAUCCCCAAUUUUUUCGCAGAAUAAUUGUUUUGUUGAAAUUUUGAUUUUUGGUGUUUUUAUUUUUGAAACAUGAACACUUGGAAACUAAAGUGUGUCGCAGCUGACUUCUACUUGCCAAAUAAUUAAUUUAAAAUUGCUUGUAAAUUGUAUUGUAUCUAAAUUAGAAAAUCACCCAUGAGCCUGCCACCUGAAAAUAUCUAAACAUAUAUCAUGCCAUAUGUUGGGUUCUGAAAUACUGCGACCAAUAAAUAAAUAAAAAUUACUGCAACAAUUUGUUGAUGAGAAGAAUGGAAAAGGUAUUUUUGAAAACAUUUUCUACAAUGAAACUUGUAACAAUGCUUUAAAAAAGUUAAAAAUCACAAUUUAUACAUCUGUAUAGGGAGGCACUUCACAACUGACCUUUCUAGAAGCACUAUUACGUUCACUUUAGAGAAAAGCUUUGUACUAAGGAAGACGGUAAAUUUAAAUAUAUAGCCAUUGUAUUUAGAUAGAGUAAGAACUUAAACAUACCCCAAGUAUGCAUGGCGAGCUCAAUCUUGAACGUAAACCUACCCUAACUCAUUAGUUUGCAGGUGUAUAUGUUUUGUAAUUAUGAUAAUGAUGUUAAGGAUGUUUUGCUAUUUUAUUAUACAUCAAAUUUUAGAUCCAAAUUGUAUGUUUCGAAAAGAUAAAAAUAUGCACCUGUAAAUGAAAAAUUAGAAGUAUUCCCUGCUAAUAUGUGAAUAAGUUUAGGGCCAUAAUUAAAUUUAAAAAAUCAUAUAAAAAAUUCGCCCUUAUUAUAAUGGUAUGUAACAUAUUAAUUAAAUACCACUAUAAAACUUGUAGAUAUAAUAUAUGAAAAGUAUAUUGUUAAAGUUUUAUUAUUUUCUUAAAUAGUUAUAUUACUUUGUAGGAGGCAUUAGAGUGGAGUAUUUUCGGUACAUGUGACCUACAUAUAGCUUCAAUUUAAUUUACUCACAAUCAUAAGAUCGUGUUUUGUGUUAGCUGUUUUAUAUUUAUUCGAUUUCGUAACUGAUGUAAAUUAUGUGUGGUUUUAGAGAAAAAAGUUAUUUUUUUCUUAUAGAGUGCCCAACAAAUGGAUAUUAACAAGAUUUUAUUAGAAUGGUAUAUAUUUUUUUUUAAAUUAGGAUAUAAUGUUGUGGCACAGAAAAUUUCUGAACAUUAGCACUACGAUGAGCUUUUCUAGCGUCCUUUUCAUAUUCGUCAAUGUUUUUGCUAUUUAUUUGGAAAUGUAUAUGAGAAUCUAAAACUACCUAUAUGUGGAAAUUGUAAAUAUUUUCAAGUCUCAUCCAUAUUUAUAUUAUUGAAAAGGAUACUAAACUAGGUGUAAAAUUAAACUUGUUAGGAAAGAAAAUACUCCAAUUCUAUCUGCGGAAACUGUGAACUAAUUUUAAUUUAGUUGUUAGGUUUGUUUUGAUGAAUUACCCAACAUUGUGAAAUUAAAGCAAAUCAAUACAUUUAUAAACUUUCAUAAUUUGUAUAAGAGCUAAUUACCUCGUUAUUUGAGGAUUUAUAGUAUCUGCAGUUUGUCAAUGUACGUGCGGGAGUACGUAAAUAAAUAUUCUCAUUUUAAA